AUGAGUGAAGCAAGAACCAUGCACACAGCAUCGAUACUAUGCAAUGGAAAAGUCUUAAUUGUUGGUGGACGUGGCUAUAGUGACUAUGGUAGCUAUUUAAACACUACAGAACUGUACGAUCGGUUUACAGGAGUUUGGACACAGACUGGUAGCAUGAGUUAUGGUCGAUACGCUCACAAAGCAGUAUUACUAAACAAUGGAAAAGUCUUAGUUACUGGUGGAAUCAGCUCUAGUGGUUAUUUGACUAUUGCAGAACUGUACGAUCCGUUGACAGAACUUUGGACAAAAACCGGCAAAAUGACUACUGGACGGUUUUUCCAUACGGCG